UCUUAACAUUUUCAGCAUUCAAAGUGGCUGCAUGAAUUCUGUGUCUUUAGAAGAAAAUGCGGGACGGAAAGGGGAUGGAAAAAAGGAACCCUCAGAAUAAAACGGAAAAUGAUCCAAAUUACGAACUUCUUUACUUUUCGAAGCAUUCAGCAUAUUUCCAGUUAUGGCAGCUGUGAUAAGUGCCAUAGACAAACAGUCAGUUCAUAGAAUAUGCUCAGGGCAAGUAGUACUUGAUCUAGCUACAGCUGUCAAGGAGUUGGUCGAAAACAGUAUUGAUGCUGGUGCAACUUCAGUUGCUGUAAACUUCAAAGACAAUGGUCUUGAAGGUUUUGAAGUUAUCGAUGAUGGUCAGGGUGUCGAUCCUGUCAAUUACGAAUCGAUUGCUUUGAAGCAUUAUACUUCUAAACUGAGUACUUUUGAAGAUUUAGAAAGCGUUAUGACUUUCGGGUUCCGUGGUGAGGCUUUAAGUUCCUUGUGUGCACUAUGCAAUAUUACUAUAAUUACUGCUACAAAAGAUCAAGUACCCAUGGGCAGCAAAUUAGAAUUUGAUCACAACGGAAAAUUAAUUUCUAAAACACCUGCACCAAGAACAGUAAGGAUUUAAAAAAAAUUCGGCUUCAAGAGUUUAAACGGAAUAUCAAAAGAGAGUACAACAAAGCAUUGACUAUAUUGCAGGCAUAUUCAAUUAUAUCCACCAAUAUCCGUAUAUCGGUAU